GCACUGAGGAAGGCUAUGAAAGGAUGGGGUACAGAUGAAGACGCCAUCAUCAACAUCCUCUGCGCACGGACUUCCGAGCAGAGGCUUGAGAUUGUUACCACAUACAAGCAGAUGUUUGGCCGAGACCUGAUCAGGGACAUCAAAUCUGAGCUUCGUAGCAACUUGGAGCACAUAAUGGUGGGCCUACUGUAUCCCAUGCACGAGUACCUGGCCCGAGAGCUGCGCGCCGCCAUGAAGGGUCUGGGCACUGACGAAGACUGCCUCGUGGAGAUCCUGUGCACGCGCAGCAACGACGAUAUAAGGAGGAUCAAGGAAAACUACCACGGAAUAUUCUCAAGAGACCUGGAGGACGACAUCAGAAGUGAAACCUCGGGUCACUUCCGAAGACUUCUGGUCUCCAUGUGUAACCAUUUGCAGCAAGCUGGAGUCCAGCGUUGGGGCACCGACGAGUCGGUCUUCAACCAGAUCCUGGCCAACGAGAGCUACGACCAACUGCUGCUCAUCUUUCGCGAGUACAACGCAAUCACAAACCAAACCAUCAUCGAGGCAAUCAAUAAAGAAAUGAGCGGAGACCUGCGCAAAGGUUUUCUCGCCAUCGUCAAGUGUGUCUACAACAUCCCGGCCUACUUUGCUGAAAAGUUGUACCGAAGUAUGAAGGGUUUUGGAACUAACGAUAGGGCGCUCAUUAGAAUAAUAGUUUCCCGGUGUGAAGUCGACAUGAUCCCUAUCAAGGAGGAAUUCCACAGAAACUACAAGGCUACGCUCGAAAGCUUCAUACAGAGUGACACCUCGGGUGACUACAGGAAAGCCCUUCUGAGCCUCGUCUCUGGAAACUGAAUCCGUGGGUUGGGCGCAGGCUUGUAAUCUCGGUGGACAAAAAAAAAACGGCAUUCCUUAGCGUCAAAGACUGCACCUACGAGUAAAAUUUGUACUUCAAAUGCCAAGCCAUCAUCAUUGAAGACCCAGCCUGUACCAUGCAGCUACAUGCAAAAUCACUCCGUGAU